UGGGGAAUGUUUUACGCGCGUGACACCAGAGGGUAUACCAUCACAGAGAAGCAGACGAACACUGGUGUGCAGAUAUGGCAGCACUUUUCUACAAUUCGCCGGUUAUUCUGAUGUUGUGUUACAUAUUGUCAGUUUCUUCGCUCAGUCCCAAAGUCAUCGAAGAAAAAAUAUUAUGGGAAAGGGACGAACCAGGUGAGGUGGCCGAGUUUCGGAUCCCUCUUCUCAUUCAAGUCCCGACAGGAGACCUGCUGGCUUUCAGCGAAGCACGCAAGUACAGUGGAGGCGAUGCUGGGGCGAAGUUUAUCGCAAUGCGUCGCUCGACCGACGGCGGGGACAACUGGGGCCCGACCGCGUUCAUACUCGACGACUACCACACGGUCCCGGAUGGAACUAAUCUUGGAACAAUAACCAUCGAACACGAGACCAAUAAGUUGAUUCUAAUUCACACCUUCUGCAUUCAUUCUACCCCUUCGUGUAUGAACGGGACCGGGGAAAAACCUAAAGGACUUUACAUGGUGACCAGUUUAGACUGGGGAUAUUCUUGGUCUAAACCGGAGUAUCUUGGGGAUAAGGAUGCUUCAUUGAAAGGAAUCCAAUACAAUCCUGGACCCGGAUAUGGGAUCCAAAAGAAGUAUGAACCCAACAAAGGAAGACUUGUGUCAUGUGGUCAAGGGCUCACUAGCUUGUUCUGCCUUACUAGUGAUGAUCUUGGGUUGACUUGGCAGAUGACCCCUGGCAUCCUUAACUUGCCACAAAACAGAGAAGAGCUGAAAAUUGGUGACUUUGAGCCCGGAGAGGUGCAGGUUGUCGAACUGAAGAAUGGCACUCUGUUGAUCAACGCACGCAACGAGCGCUCCUUUCAUUGCACUUGCCGUAUCCAGGCUUUGAGCUUCGAUGGCGGCAAGACCUUCCCCUUGCCUCACGUCACUUUCAAAGAGGAACUCAUAGACCCGCAGGUUUGCGGUUCAAUACUCAACUACAACGAUACCCUCAUUUUCAGCAACCCGUUCAAUGCAAAGAGUCGCAUAAACCUAACCCUUCAUUGGAGUACGGACUCGGGGGAGACGUAUCCACAUUUUUUCAGCAUUCACCCCGCGGGCAGUGGCUAUUCCUGUUUGACAACGAUUGAUGAAAAUCAUAUAGGUUUAAUUUAUGAAAAAAAUGAUUGUAGAUAUAUAUCUUUCCUGAAAAUUCAAUUGAAUCCAUAAUAAUUAUUAUUAUCUGAAAUUUUUAUUCAUGCAUGUCCACUGUCUAUCUCAUAAUUCUAUAUCAUCAGUACAGAUGAAAUAACUCUGGAUUAUUUGAUAAUCAUUGCCAAAUGAAUUUGUUCAUAGUAUUUAUAUGUGUAAAGCUUUAUGAUAUCAGUCAAGGUUCAUGUAUAUUCAGGAAAUAUUGAUAUGAAUAUAAUUUCGAUAUAUUUUUGACAUUGUGUGAGAUCAGGGUCCUGAAAUCCAAAGGUUAGCGAAUGAUCGUACGCUCGAUUUUUACGAUUGAUUGUACAUUGUAGUCAAUGGAAUCAAUUGACUGAAAAAUAUUUUCUACGAUUGAUUGCUGAUCUUUGUGUUAUGGGCCCCUGAUGAUAGACAACCGUUUUGUAUAUAUAUCGUGAUAGGCCAGUUGCAUAAAACCAAUUUAUGUACUUACUGCCUGUUUUUAUUGUAAUUUUCAUGGAAAUCUUGAUUAGCUGCAUGUCAGCGGGUUACCAUGGUACGUAUUAUGACAUUGUUACAUUUAAUAGCAUGUUCUAUGCCUCGUUAGGCUUUAUGUAAAAUGGUCAUAUCUUCUUUAUAUUCACCUUAAUCACCAUUAGGCGGUUCCGGUUAUUCAUUACCCUUCCAUUAUUCCAUAAAAUCUAAAAUAAAAUCUAAAUUAUUUCUUGUUGUGACUUG